UGCAGGAUAAGAAGGGACAAACAGGAACUGCAGCUGCGGCUCCAUUCACUGGCAAAGCUUACCAGCAGGUCCUGGAAGCACACGGGAAGCUUGGACACCACAGAAAGGACGACUGGGUCCUCUGAAAGGGACUACUCACCGGAAUAUUUCGGAGGUAUCUCGUGGAAUAACCACAGUCUCAGAUAUCGGAGAUUUUACAGUUCAGCAGAGCCAUCCUCGCAGGUAGCUGUACCAAGCAAGAACAAUGGAGGCCGGCGGGAAACUCACUUGCAGACAAAGGCAAGUCCUUUUUUUCUUUCUCCUCUUGGGCUUAUCUCUGGCGGGCAAUGCGGAACCUAGGCGCUAUUCUGUGGUGGAGGAAACUGAGGGCAGCUCCUUUGUAACCAGUUUAGCAAAGGACCUGGGUCUGGAGCAGAGGGAACUCUCCAGGCGGGGGGUUAGGGUCAUUUCCAAAGGGAACAAACUACAUUUGCAGCUCGAUCAGGAGACCGGGGAUUUGUUGCUAAAUCAAAAACUGGACCGCGAGGAACUGUGCGGUCAAACAGAGCCAUGUGUGCUACGUUUCCAGGUGUUGCUAGUGAGUCCCUUAGAGUUUUUUCAAGCUGAGCUACAAGUAAUAGACAUAAAUGACCACUCUCCGGUGUUCCUGGACAAAGAAAUGUUGCUAAAAGUAUCGGAGAGCAGUCCUCCCGGGACUACCUUUCCUCUAAAGAACGCUCAGGACUUGGAUGUAGGCCGAAAUAAUAUUGAGAACUAUGUGAUCAGUCCGAACUCCUAUUUUCGAGUGCUCACCCGCAAACGCAGCGAUGGCAGGAAAUAUCCCGAGUUGGUGCUGGACAAAGCGCUGGACCGCGAGGAGGAACCCGAGCUCAGGUUAACUCUCACAGCACAGGACGGCGGCUCCCCGCCCCGGUCUGGCGCCACGCAGGUCUACAUCGAAGUCGUGGACGUCAACGAUAAUGCCCCUGAAUUUGAGCAGCCUUUCUAUAGGGUGCGGAUCCCUGAGGAUAGCCCGAUAGGUUUCCUGAUAGUCACAGUCUCUGCUACGGAUGUAGACAUCGGAGUCAAUGGAGAGAUUUCCUAUUCACUUUUCCAGGCUUCAGAUGAGGUUAGCAAAACCUUUGAGAUCAAUCCCUCGACAGGAGAAAUUAGGCUGAAAAAACAACUUGAUUUUGAAACAAUUCAGUCUUAUGAAGUCAAUAUCGAGGCGAGAGAUGCUGGGAGCUUUUCUGGAAAAUGCAUCGUUCUGACUGAAGUCAUGGAUGUGAACGACCACGCCCCAGAAGUUACCAUGUCUUCGUUUACCAGUCCAAUCCCUGAGAACUCGCCUGAGACUGUGGUUGCAGUUUUCAGUGUUUCAGACCUUGAUUCGGAAGAAAACGGGAAAAUAAGUUGCUCCAUUCAGGACAAUCUACCCUUCUUCCUGAAAUCUUCCGUGGAAAACUUUUACACCCUUCUAACAGAAGGAGCGCUCGACAGAGAGAUCAGAGCCGAGUACAACAUCACCAUCACCGUCACCGACUUGGGGACGCCCAGGCUCAAAACCGAGCACAGCAUAACCGUGCAGGUGUCCGACGUCAACGACAACGCCCCCGCCUUCACACAAACCUCCUACACCCUGUUCGUCCGCGAGAACAACAGCCCCGCCCUGCACAUCGGCAGCGUCAGCGCCACAGACAGAGACUCGGGCGCCAACGCCCAGGUCACCUACUCGCUGCUGCCCACCCAUGACCCGCAGCUGGCCCUCGCCUCCCUGGUGUCCAUCAACGCGGACAGCGGACACCUGUUCGCCCUGCGCUCGCUGGACUACGAGGCCCUGCGGGCGUUCGAGUUCCGCGUGGGCGCGGCAGACAGAGGCUCCCCCGCGCUGAGCAGCGACGCGCUGGUGCGCGUGGUGCUGCUGGACGACAACGACAACGCGCCCUUCGUGCUGUACCCGCUGCAGAACGGCUCUGCGCCCUGCACCGAGCUGCUGCCCAGGCAGGCCGAGGCGGGCUACCUGGUGACCAAGGUGGUGGCGGUGGACGGCGACUCGGGCCAGAACGCCUGGCUGUCGUACCAGCUGCUCAAGGCCACGGAGCCCGGGCUGUUCGGCGUGUGGGCGCACAACGGCGAGGUGCGCACGGCCCGGCUGCUGAGCGAGCGCGACGCGGCCAGGCACAGACUGCUGGUGCUGGUCAAGGACAAUGGCGAGCCGCCGCUGUCGGCCACCGUCACGCUGCACGUGCUGCUGGUGGACGGCUUCUCGCAGCCCUACCUGCCGCUGCCGGAAGCGGCGCCGGAGCAGGCGCAGGCCGACUCGCUCACCGUCUACUUGGUCAUCGCGUUGGCCUCGGUCACCUCGCUCUUCCUGUCCUCGGUGCUCCUGUUGGUUGCGGUGCGGCUGUGCAGGAGGCGCGGGGCGGUGUCGGAGGGUCGCUGCUCGGUGCCUGGGGGCCGCUUUCCGGGCCACCUGAUGGACGUCAGCGGUACGGGGACCCUGUCCCAGAGGUACCAGUAUGAGGUGUGUCUGAUGGGAGAGUCAGGGACCAGCGAGUUCAAGUUCCUGAAGCCGAUUAUGUCUAAUUUCCAGGGCCAUUCCCCUGAGCCAGAAGUGGAAGAAAACUCCAAGUUUAGGAAUGACUUUGGUUUCAGCCUUCAGUUAAAAUAAUUGGUUUUUAUAUUCCACAUUUUAAUUUUUUAGGAUAAAUUCGACGUGAUGUUUUUUUCUGUCAGCCUAUUGGGAAUUUUUAAAUUACCCUAAACUUGACUGCAGGCUUUCUCAUGUUGUCACUAUAUUUGAAAAAUGGUAUCUCAUCUCUUUGCAUGACUAUACCAAUCCGAAUGGUCCUACUUCUUGCCUCUCAAAAAGUAAUGAGGUCAGUAUUUGUAUAAAUUCUUUUUCUGCAACAGCUUAGGAAUGUAUAAGGAGGGGAAACAGUGGAAAAUUAACCCUAUAUAAUCAAUUUUAGUUCCUUGUAGGUUUUCUUAUUAAUUCCUAAAUUAUUAGGUAUAUACAGAGCAGUAAUGCACUAACACACUGAAGUCUAGUCAGGAAAGCAAGAGAACUGGUUUAGUGAGGUGUGGCUCUUGCUUUAUUCUGCCCUCAUACACUAAUCUUCUUUGAUGCUGUUUUCUCUUAAAAUGUUACAUAAUUGUGCUUCCUUAAAAAUAUGUCAGUAUUAGUUAUAAUUAUUUUAAAUUGUUUUUCAUUUACUUUCUCUGGUGUUAAAAGAGGAGAAACCUUCAUCACAUUUAUCUAGUGUAAUGAAGUGCAUGAUAAUAAAAUUGGCUUUUCCUCCUUGAGAAACAUUGACCCAUGUGUGACAGAAACUGCAGUGGCCACCCAAUAUUCAUUUAUAUUUUCUUCAAUAACAAAUCCGAAAUUUCAUUUAGGGCUUUAGUCUGCUUAGUUAAAAGAAUACAUUGUCACAGCCUCUUUGGCAGCUGGAACCUGACAUAUGACUAGAUUGUAGCCCAUGAGAUGUGUAUACAUAUUUGUAGGAGACCUUCAAGAAGACUGUUUAAGGAGAGUUGACUCAUCUAGGAAGGGGUCCCAUUUUUUCCUUCUUUAACUGCUUCUUGCUGCCUGAAAUGUGUAUUUCAUGCCUGGUACAAAAACAGCAAUGUUAGAACCUGAUAAUGGAAACAAUGGACUAAGACAAUCAGUACAGAAUAAACUCAAAAGACACUGGGGUCCCUGGUGACCAUGGAGUCAUCAUGUCAUCCCUGCACUGCUUACUUCUGAACAUUUUUUUGCUUAAGAAAUAAAGGAACUUCUAUCCCAUGUAAGCCACCAUGAUUUUAGUUUUUAUGCUUCCACCAGUGGAAUGUAAUCAUAAUUCUUUAACAGUAAAAUUUGACUGUGCAGUUUGAUCUGACUGAUCUUUUUCAGCUUUUAUUUCUUGAUUUCUAAUGUAGUUAAAUGUAGUACACAAAGUGCUUUACAUUCAUUGGCUUUUAAAUCUUUUUCCAAAACCUAAGAAGAUUGGCAUAUUAUCCCCUUUUUUACAUAUGAGAAAACUGAGGUGUAGAAAGAUUAAGUAACUUGCUCAUAAUUCUGCAGUAAUAAAAGGAAAAAAUCGAAAUGUAAUCUAUGUCUACCCAAAUCUAAUGCCUCAGUUUUUAACCAAUAUGCUCUAUUGGCAGGCAUUAACUGGUAGCCCUGUUUUCCUAACUAAGGAAGUAAAAUCCAUCUAUUAUUCUUACUCCUAUACACUAAACUCUCAUGUAGAAAUAGAACUUUCAGUCUAUAGUUUGUAUUUCUUUCUAUACUGAUGACUGUACCACUCUAGAUCAAUAAACCCAAAGUUCUUUGCUGUUCUUCUUG